AUGAUAAGCCAUGUCAACAUCACUGGUCCAACGGGUCCCGAUGACUUCUCUAGUGAUGUCGAUUCCUGUGACGCAAAUGACACACGACCGCGUAGUAAUGCGGCAGCAGGAGCAUCUGCGGCGGGUGUCCGAGCAUUGAGCGCUCAAGUAGUUGCAUUCUACUUCAGGAUUCCAGUCAAGGCGUUCUUCCGUACACGCGUCGACUAUAUGGCCUUUGCCCGAGCCGUCAAUCCCCGUGCACUUGAUGGAAAAUGGUCCCUACACAGCACGACACCCGGUUUACUCGUUCAUGCUGUCCAUACAUAUGGCUGGCGCUUCAUUCCGAACCAAGUCAUUCCUCCUCUUUUAGCAAAUGCAGGUAUCGGUGCUGUUCUUUACACCUCUUACCUGCAAUCAUUGAGUGGCCUCCACGAGCCGACAUCUCAAGGUCUUAGACGUGUAUACCCUCCGCCUAGUCCAGUAUACACGUUCACGGCGGGAUUUACUGCUGGCACAAUCCAGUCCAUAGCGGCUGCACCCCUUGAUGCUCUCCAGGUUCGUUUACGUGCAAAUGAUAUACUCGAGGGGCGUUAUCACAGUGUGUGGCAGUAUGGCCGACAUAAGCUCAAACAAAUUGGCCUCCGUGGUAUAUUUGCAGGCUGGGGCUUGUCAUUUCUGCGAGAUUCCUUCGGAUAUGCCCUGUUCUUCUCUUCCUUUGAGUACAUCAAGUCCCAGGCCUACUAUUCCUUUAUCACCAGGCAUUAUGGGAAACUGGAUGCUCAAUAUAUCAUUACCGAGACUGAUGAUCGUGGUAUUACAUUCAUAAGGCCACACUAUGCCCUAGAGCCCUGCUUCUUGAUGGUGGCGGGCUCUGUUGCUUCGAUUUCCCAGCAAAUUAUACAGCAUCCAUUGAGCAAGAUACAGAAGUUACACUUUAGUCGACUUGAAUAUCUCGACCACCAGGCUAGCCUUGACAUCUCUAAGAAACAAAUGCUACGACACUACUACAGUGCGUACCGUGAGACUUUCAAGCGAUGCAAGAAAAAGGCGAGCCGAGCCGGCGGGUGGCUUCAAUGGCUUUACCAGGGUUUUUUAAGGAGCGCCAUCCGCCAAGUACCUAGCACCAGUGCUGGCUUGAUCAUAUUUGAACUUGUGUGUCGUAAAUAUUCUAACCCGGUGGAUGCUUUAUAUAUUCAGAAGGAGGACUACAAUAUAAUUAUAGCAUGA